CUGCGUCAGCGAGGCCCGAACCGCCCUUGGGAGGAGGAGCCUGGGGUCUAGCGCCGCGCAAGCGGCCCUCGUUCCCACCAAGGGGCACUGAGGACUUCGCGCCCGUAGACCUGGCGGGGGUCGCUUGGCUAGGUCUCAGCCUGCUGCCCUCCCCAGGCGAGCUUCCUUUCUGGCACUCUGCAUCGGAGCGGAAGGGGCGGGAACGCAGACAACGAGAAGGAGCCGGUGGUCCAGGGUCCGCGGCCCCGCGGGAGAGCCGGCAUCCUCUCUGCGCAGGCGCGCCACCCAGGCCGGGAGGGGUGGGGCCCGGACAGGUCGAGGGGCGGAGUCAGAUCCUGGGCCCGCCUCCAGUAGCUCCUGAGAGCCCUGGUGCGCUGGGCACCCCGGCUAUUCUAGGGGCUUCAGGUGAGCGGGGGGCACAGAGGGGUCAGGAGACCUCCCUCGAGGUCCGGUCGUCGGUCUGACCGCAGGUCCUUCUGUCCUGCCGUCUGCCUACAGCCGCCUCCGCGGAGAAUGGGAGAACAAAGGGAGGGGGCGGUUCUGGGGCCCCUGAGGGAAUCCGGGGUCCCAGGUACCCCGCCCCGCCCGCUGACACUUUCGGUUUCUCUCCGAGUCAGAGGCGCCGCCCAAGAGACCCUGGGCCGGCGCCGGGCGCAGCUGCCUUUCGGCGUUUGCCUGUCCGUCUUUGUGUCUGUCUCUGUGUCUGUCUGGCUGUCUCCGAGCUUGCCUCCACUUCUAGAACUAAGCUCCUCGGACACCGACAUCCCGCCAGCCCUCGCCCCUUCCCCAUGGCUGGCCACUUGGCCCCCAAAGACUACGCCCCUUCGCCCCCACCUCCCUACCCUGUGACCGCCGGGUACCCGGAGCCAGUGCUGCAUCCUGGGCCCGCGCAGGCGCCAGUGCCCUCCCACGCGCCUGCCCCUGCGCCCGGCUUCGCUCUCUUCCCCUCGCCUGGCCCCGGGGCCCCAGGGCCUGUUGUCCCCUUUUUGCCACUGCCAGGGGUGCCUUCUGGCCUGGAAUUCCUGGUGCAGAUUGAUCAGAUCUUGAUUCACCAGAAGGCUGAGCGAGUGGAAACGCUUCUAGGCUGGGAGACAAGUAACCGGUAUGAACUGCGCUCGGGGACCGGACAGCCCCUGGGUCAGGCGGCUGAGGAGAGCAACUGCUGCGCGCGUCUGUGCUGUGGUGCCCGCCGGCCCCUGCGUGUCCGCAUGGUGGACCCCGGGGACCGAGAGAUGGAAGUACAGGCUCCACCUGGCACCACCAUUGGCCACGUGCUACAGACCUGGCAUCCCUUCCUCCCCAAGUUCUCCAUCCAGGAUGCCAAUCGCAAGACCAUCCUGAGAGUGGUGGGGCCCUGCUGGACCUGUGGCUGUGGCACAGACACCAACUUUGAGGUGAAGACUCCAGAUGAAUCCCGAAGUGUGGGCCGCAUCAGCAAGCAGUGGGGGGGGCUGCUCCGAGAAGCCCUCACGGAUGCAGAUGACUUUGGCCUACAGUUCCCGCUGGAUCUGGACGUGAGGGUGAAGGCUGUGCUGCUGGGAGCCACGUUCCUCAUUGACUACAUGUUCUUCGAGAAGCGAGGAGGCGCUGGGCCCUCUGCCAUCACCAGUUAGAGGCUGCCUCAGGGUGAGGAGACCAUCACCUCAACCAGAAUUCAAGAUGGUCACCUGGCCUGGCCCCUCCUCAGAGGCAGCACCUUUCCUCCAUGUACAUACACUACAGGGGAGAGACAGGGAUGCCUGAGAGGCGCGGGGGGCCGUGGCACCCCAUUCCCCACCCUCCUCCCCUGGCUUCUCUCACCUAUGACCCCCACAGAAGGGUAUGUAUGAGAGCCCUUCCCCUGCUACCUCCCACCACUGUCUCCGGCAGUCCCUCAGCACACAGGCAUGUCAGCUUUCAAACUUUUCCUACCCACUUUCUCCCACCCCCUUCUAGGGCCUCUGCUGCAGAUGAGGCCUUUGGAAUCCAGGGCUCUGGGGUUUUACAACAGGGCUCGGGUGGGGAAGGGUAAGCAGCACCAAAGAUGGCAGACAUGGCCAUCCUUCCCCUGCAUCAGCUUGGCCAAUCAGUUCAGCCUCAGACCAUGGCACUCUGAGGGGAUCCCCACCUGCCCACCAGCAGCUGUAGGGCCUAGACCCCAGUGCCAACCUCCUCUCCCCCUUGGGCCCUGCCCACACCUGGUGCUUGCUGCAACUUCCUGUGCCUUACUUAACCACCUCUUCCUUCCCUUGCCCUAGGAAGGAAACUGCAUCUUUGUAUGUUAUAUUCAUAUAAACUUUGUAACUUUUUGGA